CUUGUCUUUUUCUAUAUUUCCUCUUCUUACUCCUACUUUAACCUAUGCUUUUGCUAUGCCCAUUGCAUGUAUAUUGUGGAACAAAAACCGGCUGAUUAAACACUGCACUUAUUUUAUAUAUGUAUACAUGUAUAUAUGAAUUGGUCAUGUGUUACUAUUCCCGUAUAUGUAUAAGCAGCAAAUGGAGCGGACAUUAAUAAUUAUUAUAUUCAAACCCACAGUACAGUAUAUAUCUUCCCCUCUCCAUCUCCCUCGCUCACACGGAAACCUCCAAGUUUAAGCCACUGCUUUCUCCUAUGCACUUGUCUUCUUCAUAUCCAACAUCACUGUUUAUGUUUAUUGUUCUCUCUCUCUCUCUCUCUCUCUCUCUCUACGUGGUCCCUUCCCCCUUUAUAACACUCUUAUCUCUUCCCAUUUCUCCAUAUCUUUAAACCCUUAAACCAUCCAUAGCUCUCCUUCCCCCUUCCCCCAAUCCCAAAAGUUCUCUGCUUCUUCUCAUGAAAGUUUCCAAAUAAACCCAACAAGGGGAAGAAAGAGAAGAAAGGAGAUCGAGAAAGGGUUUUCCGCAAUAUCUCUCAUUCACACACACACGGGCAGUAUAACUUGGAGAAUGUCGAGCAGAAGAUCGAGACAGGCAAGUGUUUCGAGGAUCAGUGAUGAUCAGAUCAUCGAUCUCGUCUCUAAACUCCGCCAACUUCUACCUGAGAUUCGCCCCAACCGUCGUUCUGACAAGGUGUCGGCGUCAAAGGUGCUGCAAGAGACAUGCAACUACAUCAGAAACUUGCACAGAGAAGUGGAUGAUCUCAGUGAGCGGCUGUCUCAGCUUCUGGAAACCAUUGACGCGGAUAGCCCCGAAGCCGCCAUCAUUAGGAGUUUAAUUAUGUAAUAAUUAUUUAUUUAAAAAGGAGCUUUUAUCGAUCAGUUGCGGUUCCAUGUCUCUUGCUGCUGAUUUUUCUACAUAUUAAUAAUCGCUUGUAUGCUUCUUAUCUCUCUUAAUAAUAUUAUAAAGUCUUCUAGGUCUAAGUUUUCCAUUUUCUCUUUAUCGUUGGACGAUUAAAAAAAAAUCUAUAGCAUGGAGAUGCAUAUUUGAUGCCGUUUAUAUGUACGCGUAUAUAUGAGCAUGAAUGCAAUUCAUA